CUCAUACUUUCUCUUUACAAAUUCUCUAUCUCUAUCAGCCGGUCAGCCCUCUCUGUCAUAGAAAAAAAGGCUUGAGCUCAACCAUCUGAAUUUUGUUGAACUCCAUUGUUACAUGUAUCCCGAAUCCCACAUUGCUUUAAAACCCUAGUUCAUUUAUGAUGAGUGGAGGUGAUAAUGGAGGUGAUAAUGGGGUGGUAGCUGGGAGGAGAUCGAAGAGGAGUACAGCAUUGGGCUCCACAGGAAAUGAGUCCCUCCAAGUUCUAGGGCUUCCGGCCACAAAGAAGCGUGUGGUAUUGGGCGACAUCACCAACAAGUGCUCCGCUCAGAACUCAGAUCUCCUGAAAAACCAGGAGCUCGGAUCCGGACCCGCAUUGAAGAAGGUCAGCAGCCAGGAAGCACCAGAUGCUGGAUCUAAUGACGAUGAGAAUUGCACUCCUGAUAACAGUCUCAAGUCUUCCUACGCACCUCUCAUCUAUCUCCAUCUUCAUUCCAUGGAGGUUGAGGAGAAGAGACGGCCUCUGGCAAAUUACAUGGAGAAGGUUCAAAAUGAUAUAUCUCCUAGCAUGAGAUUUGUUUUAGUUGAUUGGUUGGUUGAAGUCGCUGAUGAAUACAGACUAAUGUCAGAUACGCUUCAUCUCACAGUCUCGUAUAUUGACAGAUUCCUUUCUUUCCAUACUCUGAACAGAACAAAGCUUCAGCUUCUGGGUGUUUCUUGUAUGCUUGUGGCCUCAAAAUAUGAAGAGAUUCAGCCACCACAUGCUGAAGACUUUGUGUAUAUAACAGACAAUACAUUCACUAAAGAUGAGGUUGUUCUCAUGGAGAGAGACCUCCUUAAGUUCUUAGGCUUUGAAACUGUCAACCCCACGGCAAAAACUUUUCUCAGGAUCUUUACCAAACCUGCUCAAGAUAACACUAAGUUUUCGACACUGGAAUUUGAAUUCUUGUGUUGUUUUCUUGCGGAGCUAAGCCUAUUAGAUUAUCGGUGUCUCCAGUAUGUGCCAUCACUGAUUGCUGCAUCCGCUGUUUUUCUGGCAAGACUUACAAUCCAACCAACACUUCAUCCUUGGAGUUUUGCACUUCAACAAUAUACAGGAUAUAGGGCAUCCAAAUUGAAGGAUUGCGUUCUUGCAUUACAUGAAAUGCAAUUGAGCAAAAGAGUGGGAUCUGCAGUGGGGGAAAAGUACCAUGAUCACAAGUACAAGCAUGUUGCCACAUUGUCUCCACCCUUGGAGAUUCCUGCAUUUUACUUUCGUGAUGCUUGAAGAAGAAAUAGACGAAUGCUGAUGCUAUGUGUUGAAGAUCUGCAGGCUGCAGCAUAUAACUUGAGGAUUCUUCAGGUUUUGUUUGGAGGGGUUUCAGAUGGGGAUGGAUUUUGGAGGCUCAUUUUGUAUCUUGAUAAAAAAGAAUAAAAGUUAAGCAGAUUAUAUGAUCACCCACACUAUGUGUGCCUUAAUUUAUUUUACCAUAAAAUUUCAAAUAUAUAUAUAUAUAUAUAUAUAUAUAUCAAGAUACAGAUGAUGUAAUUAUAAUGACCAUCAAAGUCAUUAUUUUCCAACCCGAUAUCUGGUCUUGGGCUAGGCAAUGGAUACUGCUUGC